AUGAGUCCAUCAGAUUUAUUAAUUGAAUUAUCAGAAUUUAUUAAUACUGAUAAUUAUCAAAUGAAAUUGAAAAAUAUUUUAAUUAGUAAAUUUUUAUUAAAAUUUCCUAUUGAAAUAAUUUAUAAAAUAUUAUUUUAUGUUCCUGAUUUAUAUUUAUUAGUAUUUUUCCUGAUAAAUUUGAAAACUAUUAAUUGUAAUAAAAUUUCAAUUAAAGAUUUAGAAGAUUAUAUUUUCAAUAACAUUAAUAAUAAUAAAAUCAUUUAUUUAGAUUUAAAACCUUUAAUUGAUAUAAAUUCAAUAAAUUAUCAAACUUUGGAAGAUUUAUUAAUUUUUAAAAAAAUUGAUUUCCGAUUUCUUGAUAAAUUUCAAUUUUAUUAUCAUUCAUUAAAUAUUAAAAAUUGGCAAUUUCCUUUAUUUAUGAGUCCAUUUAUUAUAAGAUUUAUUAAUAAAGAUAAAACAAAAGUAGAAAUUGAUGAUUGGAAUCGAAUAUUAUUAGAUGGGAUGGAAUUAGGGUUAGGAUUAGGAUUAGAUUUGGAUUCAACAGCAACAGCAACAACCACGUCCACCUCCACCUCCACCACCAGCACCAGCACCACAACAACAACAACAACAACAACAACUAUUAAUAAUAAUUCUCAUAUGAUCAUUAGAGGACUUCAUCAUAUGAUAACCAAACCAAUCACUACACCAGCUACUACUACUACCACCACCACCACCACCAACACCACCAACACAAGCAAUUCUUUUUCACCAUUCAUCCCUGAUGUUAAACAAUUUUCAUUAAUUAUUCAAAAUUUAAAGAAUAAAAUUCCUGGUUUCAAUCAAUGGCAAAUUAAUCAACAAGAAAUUUUUUUCCUUAAUAUUAAAAAUACUAAUUUUCAAUUUACUUUAAAAGGUAUUGAUGAAAAUUGUUGGUUUAAACAUUAUAAUUUUACUAAAUUAUAUUUAAAAACUUAUUAUUUAUAUCAAGAUGAUUAUAAAUUGAAUAAAUUAUUUAAUUUUAAUAAUUUAAUUAAAUUAACUAUAGAUUUUGGUCAAUCACCAUUAAAUUUUAUACCUCAUUGGUUUCAAUUUAUUAAAAAUUUAUUAAAUUUGGAAAUUUUUAAUUUAAAUAUUGGUAAAAUAUCUUUAAUUGAUAUUGGUUUAAUUGUAUUAAAAUUGAAUCAAUUGAUUGAAUUUAAUCUUAAAACUUUUAAAUAUUGGACUCAAAUAUUUUGGAAAUGGUUGAUUAUAAAAUUAAUUAAUCAACGGAAACAUCGAAAACAUCAAAAAUAUCAAAAACAAAAGUCUAAGACUAACAAUCAAAAUUUAAAUCCAAAUAAAACCAAAGAAUUCAAAUUCACAUUGCAAUUUAUAGAUGAUUAG